CAGCCUGAGGCUGCAACCAUCUCUACUGCUUUCCACAUCCUGAUGGACUUCAGAUGAUGUUUUCCAGGAGAGACUUAUCAGAUUUCUAUUGCUGUUGAGGUAUUCAUAAAAUAACCCAAGGCAAAGUACUGUGACAUCCCUUGUUAUGCUAAAUACCAUAUCCAAAUAGAAGGUUUUAGAAUCAAAGAGGAUUGAGAAGGGCAAGGGGAAAACUGCCCCGGAGAUGCUUCCAGAGAACGAGAUGGAUGCAAUUCAAAAGGCCUUGAGUCCCACAUCCAUCAUCUUGCAUAUAGUCACCAAGAGCUCCUUGACGCCGCUCCCACCAUAGCGAUGGUGUUGUUCUGCGAUGGCGUUGUUCUGCAUGAAAUCCCUCCUUGUCUGCCACCAUCACCGAGUCUGACUUGAGGCUGAUUUUAACGAUUGACGUGGAGAUUGUGAAUUGGAUCCUACUGUGAAACUACGCCAGAACAGAAAAUAUUAAUCAAAAUUACAUGCACACAGCCUUUUUGUCCCUGCCUCCCCUAUCUACACCCCGAUCUCUGGAAGCACUGUGCAACAUUCAAAUUGUCUUGCCAAAAUCACACAUUCACAUGGCUACCAUUACUCAGCCUUGGUGGGCUGCCACAUGUUAAGCUGCUGGGCUUCAAUGCGCAUGUGAAGGGCUCCCAAAAGAGAGAGUCUGUACAGCCACGACUUGGAAAGGGGAUGUUGUCACCUAAGGUAUCCACUUUCCAGUUUCACCAGAAUGGUGGACCUGGAAACCAGCUGGAGAUUGCAAAGUCUACUUUCCCUGAAGGUUGCUGGUCAGUGGUCACUUUCCGCUUCAUACAAGGAAACUAGAAGAGCUUCACAUUAACUUCUGUAUGGUUUGUUUCACAAUGGAAGAUCAAAUGAUUUUCUGGCUCAGGUUUUGUGAAGUUCGGCAUCUACUUUGGACCCAAAAUUUGGAAAAGGGAUCAUCUCUGAGGCAGAGUUAAGAGACAGAUUAACCAGUACCAGAUGAUGAGCACUUUAAGUAGCACUGGAAUAUUACUCAGCUUGACAACAGUGUCUGUUACACUGGAUUUUAGUUUGCAUGGUGGUCUGAUGGCUUGGUCUUUAAGCAGCAAUUUGACUCUGAAUCAGAGUUUGCCUACAUCUGAUCCUCUUAAUGCCUCUGAGAAGGGCGAAGUCUCUCGGAUGUCGGUGAGAGAGAAGAACUGGCCAGCCCUCUUGAUCUUGGUCAUCAUUCUGCUUACCAUUGGGGGGAACAUACUGGUAAUUAUGGCUGUGUCGUUGGAGAAGAAAUUGCAGAACGCCACAAACUUCUUCCUGAUGUCCUUGGCAGUGGCAGACAUGCUGGUGGGUAUCCUGGUCAUGCCCGUGUCGCUCAUUGCAGUCCUGUACGAUUAUGCUUGGCCUUUGCCUAAACAGUUGUGCCCUAUAUGGAUUUCCCUAGAUGUGCUCUUUUCAACUGCAUCUAUUAUGCAUCUCUGUGCCAUCUCUCUUGAUCGGUAUGUAGCAAUACGCAAUCCCAUUGAGCACAGCCGCUUCAAUUCCCGCACCAAGGCUAUUAUGAAAAUUGCUGCAGUUUGGACCAUAUCCAUAGGGAUAUCUAUGCCCAUUCCAGUCAUUGGUUUGCAGGAUGACUCUAGGGUAUUCAUAAAUGGGACUUGCGUCCUCAACGAUGAGAACUUCGUCCUCAUUGGAUCCUUCAUGGCAUUCUUCAUUCCUCUCAUCAUCAUGGUGAUCACGUAUUGCCUGACCGUCCAGGUGCUGCAGAGACAGGCAACAGUGUUCAUGUGUGGAGAGGUGCCCAAGCAGAGGAGAAGCAGUGUGAACUGCCUCAAGAAAGAAAACAACACAGAGAACAUUUCAAUGCUUCACAAUCAUGAGGGGGCAUCUCACUUGAACUCUCCUGUAAAUAAGGAGGCAGUGCUUUUUCGAAAAGGAACUAUGCAGUCCAUCAACAAUGAACGAAGAGCCUCCAAGGUCCUGGGCAUCGUUUUCUUUUUGUUCCUCAUCAUGUGGUGCCCCUUUUUCAUCACUAAUGUCAUGUCUGUCCUUUGCAAGGAAGCCUGCGAUAAAGACCUCUUGAGUGAACUCCUCGAUGUGUUUGUUUGGGUGGGGUAUGUUUGCUCUGGGAUUAAUCCCCUUGUAUACACACUUUUCAAUAAAACAUACCGCAGGGCUUUUUCCAAUUAUAUCCGCUGCCAAUACAAGACUGGUAAAAAAUCAGCACUGCGACAGAAUCAGUGUCUGAAUGUUGCUUCAACAGCUUUAUAUGGGAAGGAUCUGACUUUAACUAGUUAUCGAAACGGCAAUGAACUCAACAGCAUGGAACUAGAUGAAGUUGAGGAGGGCCUUGUAAUGCAACCGGGGACUUCAGAGCUCUCCAUAAACAGCUGUAAUGUUGUAAGUGAAAGAGUGAGCUGUGUGUAAAGGUGGCUCACACAGCCUUUUGCUACAGUAUAUCUGUAGCCAAAAUAUAUUGUAUAAAAAUGUAAGUGUUGGUCAAAGGACAAUGUAAAUAUUGCAUUCUGAACAAAACUUUUUUUUUUAAGAAAAAAAAAGUUGUCUUUCCAGUCCAGUACUUAAAAUCAUAUAUAUUAAUAUACUGCAGUGAAGUUUAAGGUUCUAUAUUUACUGUUAAUACUAGAUCAGAACUAUUAGUUACUUUGCAUAUGUCAUGGACAAAAUGUUUGAAUUCUUCUUCCAGUGCAUGAACAAAAAUGCUGAAUAUUUAUCUCAGGUGGCAUUUGCUGGAGUCCAGAAUGGCACGUUUAUAGUUAU